AUGUUGUCUUAUGCUACGCUUGUUCUAGAUCAAUCAAUUGACUGCGGAACUUCAGCUAGUUUUUCCCUUAACAAAUCUCAAACUGUUGCUGCCUGCAAACAAAGCAACGCACUUCCUUCGCUUGCGCCUCUUCUCGAUCACGAUUACACCAAAAAUGUCUCUUCUUCGCUCAAUUUUUCUUCCGGGCUGUCGUGUCUGAGUAACACUGCCAACAUCUUCGAUCUCACGUCUGAUACAUCCGUGAUGCGCCAAGAAAGUGAAUGUGACCAUAUGAACACUGCGGGGCCAUCUACUGUACCACAAGACAUAACAUCGUCAUAUCAGUCCAUUGGAACUAACGAGCUCUUACAUUCGACCCAUGAGCAUGACACUGUUCGAGUGAUUGAGGAAAUCUCUGCGGAUACUGCUCAAAGUUACGGAAAUUCUUUUGAUUUGAAUCUUAGCAACCUUGACCAAGAAGCGAGCCCUUACCUAAGCUCCAUUAACCUUAACGAAUACAAUGCGAUCGCUCCACUGUCAUCAGUCUGUACAAUUGUAAAGGACAGAACAGAUCCCUGUCAGUCUAGCCCUUGUAUUCUUACUCAUACAAUGCCAAUGAAGAAAAUAAGGAACACCUUCAGAUAUGAGAAAGAUUCAUUGCACAGCGUCUUCUUAAAUGCAGCCCGCAACAAAAGUCUCUGCGGUGUCAUCGACGUCACCGAUACUGAAGACAGCUGCUCCGACUCCGUGGGCACCAACGAGACUUUCAACGGGCUAAGUCUGGGCGACUCUCUGCUGGAAGAUGGCGGUCUCCGGGCAGAAUUUUCGAUUCAUUCGUCGAGUAAUUCAAACGAAAGACCUUGUGGACUUUUCGAGCACGAUUUUCCGUUGAGCUACGAUAAUGACUUGAUGGACUUGAAUGAACUGCUCGACCGUUGUUUGCAUGACACGAAUAUUACCGAGCACACUGACGAAGCAUUGAAUUCUUUCGCGUCCCCGAUAUGUCCUAACUCUGAUCUUGCUUCUCAAUGUUCACGUGCUGUUGUAAACACUUCUGAGAGAACUUCUCUAAGCGUAUAUCCUGACAACCAUCCUCGUGAACGGAAAUUCUCUCUUGACGUAGCGAGUUCGCAGGGCAACAUUCCUGCCGCGCAAGACCGGCGCUCAGAACCUUUGACUUGUGCUUCCAAUGACAUGCAGGGGGAACUAUGUUAAAAUGACAGCUUAUGAUGAUGAUGCUUAUAGUGAUGCUUAUAGUGAUGCUUAUAGUGAUGCUUAUAGUGAUGCUUAUAGUGAUGCUUAUGAUGACGCACAUAAGUUUUUGUGUUUUAUUUUUUCUUUGCUGUUGUGCCCUUAGACUUAUGAUCGGAAAUAACUUGCCUAUGAUUUUGUUUCUCAUUUGAGGCAAAACUUCGAGAUAAAUGGAGGCCUAAAAAAAUAUAGGUUUCGAUGCCGUUAUUUUUAAAGUCUCUUAUAUUUAAUGACAUUUUUAUAUUUAAGGUUCAGGCAGCUUUAAAGUUGUAGAUGCUUGCGCGGU